CGCGCCCUGGUGACGCUUUCGUGCUCUACCUCCUCUGCGUGUAGGCCAUACUACCCAUCAGUCGCUCUCCUGUUCCUCUAUCAAGCGGCUACGACCUAUAUUAAGUCGUCUGUAUGAUAUCCUUAGAGCAGUUGACUCCGUAUUGAAGUCCAGCCAAGUGAUGAGGGAAGUAGAGUUUGGUGUAAAGGAAACCAGCUUAGAGACUUGAAAGUGAGGGGAAGAAAUGGCUCGGUUUGUUUUGUGUUUUCGGAUUUUUGCAAUAAUAAGUUUUGGCCCUUCGUCUUCAUUGGCAGAAACUGACUUGUUCAUUGGUGGCUUCUUCCCAAUUACGCAUAAUCUAACUGAAGGGUCAAUAGGUCGUGGAGUCAUACCCGCUGUUAACUUGGCUCUUUAUCACAUCAACAGCAAUCCUAGAAUUCUCAAUGGUUACUCUCUUAGAGUCUAUUGGAAUGAUACAAAGUGUGAUCCUGCUGUGGGAAUGAAGACUUUCUUUGAUAUGUUAUUUAAAGAACCGCCCAAAGUCAUGCUUUUUGGUGCUGCGUGUACAGCAGUCACGGAUCCAAUUGCUAAAGCAUCACAAUUUUUUCAAUUGGUGCAAGUGACGUAUGCUGAUACACACCCAAUGUACACUAGCGAAAGUUAUCCCAACUUUUUUCGAGUGGUACCCAGCGAAUCAGCAUUUAACCCAGCGAGGGUGGCCUUGUUACAGAGGUAUAACUGGACGAGAGUUGGAACUUUAUACCAAAAUUCUCCACGUUACGCUUUGCCCCAUAGUAAAUUAUUAACUGACUUGGAUAUGGCAAAAAUCGAUAUUGCUGCAUCUUUUGGAUUUGCUGAUGAAUUAAGGAACGAUUUACGCAGGCUCAAAGAUAAUGAUGUUCGAAUUAUACUUGGAAAUUUCAACGAAAGUUGGGCUCGAAAAAUAUUUUGUGAGGCUUACAACCUGGGAAUGUACGGGAGAAAGUACCAAUGGAUAAUAGUGAGUAUGUACCAAAAAUGGUGGUGGAAAAUACCAGAUCAAUCAGUAACGUGCAGCGUAGAUCAACUAGAACACGUUCUAGAAGGUUACAUAGGAACAGAAGUCUUACCUCUUAGUUUAACGAGCGACAUAACGGUGUCUGGAUUGACGGCAUCUGAAUACCAAGCUCAAUACAGAAAAUACAGCGGAGGAGAAUACAGCCGUUUUCAUGGUUAUGCAUACGAUGGUAUAUGGGCCAUUGCAUUAGCUAUUCAAGCAGUCAUACGCAAACUUCGAACUGAUGGUUCCUCCGAAUCUCUUGAGAAUUUUAAGUAUAAAAAUUCAAAGUGGGGCGAUCUCUUUAGGGAUGCGUUAAGUAAUAUAUCUUUCCCAGGAGUAACGGGAUCAGUUAUGUUUGUGAAGAAUGAAAGAAGAGGGAUUAUUCUCUUAAAACAAUUUCAGAACGGGAGUGAAGUGAAAAUUGGAGAAUACAGCGCCAUCGCCGAUAGUUUAGACCUGAGUCGUGAUAAACCCAUUGUGUGGAGAGGAGGAACGGGCCCACCUAAAGAUCAGACACAAAUUCAAUUAGCACGCACCAGAGUUAGUAUCACCAUUUAUGCUAUUUUAGUAACGUUCGCCAUUUUGGGAAUCAUCCUGGCUUCAGUUUUCUUAGCUAUAAAUAUUAAGUAUAGAAAUCAGAGGUAUAUUAAGAUGUCGAGUCCAUAUCUUAAUAACAUCAUCGUUAUCGGGUGCAUGCUGACGUACACUAGUGUCAUUCUCUUGGGAUUAGAUAGUGGACUGACUAGCGAAACCAAUUUUCCUUAUAUUUGUGCAGCAAGAGCCUGGGUUUUGAUGUCUGGUUUUACAUUAGCGUUUGGAUCAAUGUUUAGCAAAACUUGGAGAGUUCAUGCCAUCUUCACCAAUAUCAAGCUCAACAAGAAGGUUAUCAAAGAUUACAAGUUGUUCAUGGUGGUUGGUGUUCUCGUGUUGAUAGACGUUGCCAUUCUCACAACGUGGCAAGCGGUUGAUCCUUUUUAUCGAAUGACAAGAAAAUCUCCUCCAAUAACUUCUUCGGAAAACGAGGAUCUUGUAAUCAUACCCGAAAUGGAAUUUUGUCAAAGUGAACGUAUGACUAUUUUUCUAGGAUGUAUCUAUGCUUAUAAGGGACUAUUAAUGGCAUUCGGAUGCUUUUUGGCAUGGGAAACACGCCACGUUAACAUCCCAGCCCUUAACGAUUCAAAAUAUGUAGGUAUGAGUGUAUAUAAUGUAGUCAUCAUGUGCGUCAUAGGAGCCGCUGUGUCUUUCGUGUUGAGGGAGCAGCAAGAUGCUGCUUUCAUCAUCAUUUCUAUAUUCAUCAUUUUCUGUUCAACAACCACACUGUGCCUGGUUUUCGUGCCCAAAUUAUUAGAAUUGUGGAGAAAUCCAUUAGCGGGUGAGAGAAGAGUCAGAACGACCUUAAAGCCUCUGAACAAAUCCCAUCGAAGUUCUGAAGAUUCUACGUUUCACUGCAAAGUUAAACUUUUACAAGACGAAAAUUGUCUUUAUAAACAAAAAUUAGAACAACAUAACACCGAACUUCAGGCUUUGUUGAAAAAACUCAAAGAUUUCGAAGAACCUGUUAUCAUUAGUCAUCGAGAACAUUUUAAAUCUUCUCCUCUCAAAUGCUCAUCACCAAUUCAAGAAGAUUCGACUUUAGAAAACGAAAAUGAGGACGAUACCAGCCCAUUGUACAUAAAACAAAAAGAUAUCGAAUAUUCACGCAGUCCUCAAGCGCAAAAGAAACAAAGACGUACCACAGUAUCUUUCAAAUUACCAGACGAAUCACCAGAAGAUAAAAGACGUUAUGAAAUGCAAGAAGAAUCUUCUAUAUCUCAAUCUCCAACUGACUAUACGGUCAUCUCACCUCUAGAACAACUUCGUCCGUCAAAUUUAAACGAAAAUAUAGGUGGUGCAGUAAACACACUAGUCGAAUCGGAAACAAGUAACGAAUCUAGCCCAUCGCACAAAUCUUUAUCACCUCGUGAAUUCGAAUAUCCACCAGAAUCCGAUGACACUUCUUACGCCAGAGCCAUCAAGAAUUCGCAGAAGAGAAGCAUGGUUAAUGGCUUAUCUUCGUCUUGCGAUGAAGACACUGAUAGGUGCGAUAUAGGUACUCUGUCUGAAGUUGAUAGUGAUUCUUCUCAUCAAUAUCGUAUGGACCCCAGGCGUCGAGCCAAGAGUCUAGGCACUUUGCGACUGAAUACUAGACCCAGAUCGACGGGUGUUUCGGUGAUUCAGAACAGACGAACUGAACCAAUGGUGUUCCCACCUUUAAUAUCUUACUUCAGUCACAUGGUAGAUGAAAGACAGUCGACGCACAGGAGGAGGACAUCAGAAACUGCCCUUUAUUCUUCCUACCCAUCUAUCAAGUGUGACAUAGUGGAAUACCUAUGAGGUUGACGUGAAGUUUGACAUGUUUUCUUUUCUACUAGAAGAAGAAGAUGCUGCAAAACUCAUCGCUCCAUGAAUCCCAAAGGAGGUUAAAGAUGUCAUCAAAUUGCCGCCUUCACUCCUGCUUAAGCGGGAACGUGUUAAUAAUAAUUUAAAAAAAUAUAUUAUUAUUAUUAUUAUUAUUAUAUUAUUCCUAUAAAAAUUUAAUUACGUUUUUAUUAUUUUUAAUUGAGUUUUUAGAAAUUUAUUUUAUUUUAUUUUUAAGUAAUAUUUUAAAAUAUUUUCUGUAGUAAGAAAGAUGAAUGGAGUAAUGAAUUGUAUUAAUUUAAAAUAUUGUUUUAAACACGCAUAGGUAUUUUUAAGGCUUAAACAAGUGUAUUAUAUAAUUUUAAAUGAUUAAAAUGUAGAAAAAUAUAUCAAAUGUAAGCAAGAAACCCCUCCCAAUCAAUUCGAAAAUUUUGAAAUUUUUGGUUGAAUAUUUAAAAAAAAUUAAUUAAAGAAAUUUAAAGAGAGAUAAACAUUUAUUUCCAUAAAAUAUUUUAAAUUUUGAUUUAUACAAUUCAAUUAAUCAUCACCUUAAAAAAAACCCGUCAAAAAAUACAGGAAAAAAUGACAUAUCUUACUGCAUACUCAUCAACUUUAUCCUUCUUAAAAUUAAGUUUGUAUGUGAAAAAUUCACCAAAACAUUACAUAAAAGUGAAAAAAACAAAUAAAAU